UGGAAGUAGUAAGACGCACGUGCAACGUGACAGUGUGCCCACGAAAUUAUUUUUUGAGUCUGUUUCUUUUUUUGGCGACCGUACUGUGUCAAGGUGUGGCCUUUCAAGACCACGGGAUCUUACGUCCCUUCACGCCUCACUCGGCGGCUAGUAUACAAUAUUUCUACACCGUAUGGGUGUACGAUCACAAAGGUUUGGUCAAGACCAUUCGGGAUCUUACGUCUCUUCACGCCUCACUCGGCGGUUAGUAUACAAUAUUUCUACACCGUAUGGGUGUACGAUCACAAAGGUUUGAUCAAGACCAUUCGGGAAUUACUUCCCUUCUCGCCUCACUCGGCGAUUAGUAUACAAUAUUUCUACACCGUAUGGGUGUACUAUUCAAGGAGUUAUUUAUUUUAUUCCAACGAGGACUAUAAGUGUGCGGUAUAACAUACACAAUUUGCUCAAACAUUUUGGUCCUUCGAGCCGGAUCUGGGAGACAUCAUGAGGCUCUCCCAUGUUGAAGCUCGUCUUGAGCAACUAGUGGAGACAUCGGUUUUGAUUUCAACAGCAUUUGACAAUUUUGCGAAGAAUAAUUCAACCAGUAACACGAACAUAAGAUCCACUAUACGACUUGAAGCACUGAAAUCGGAGUGGCAGCGUUUUUCGAUCAUAAAUGAGGCGGUUUCAAUAGCCAUUGGACAAUUAAAGAAAGAUGAGAGACUCAAGAUAAAGAAACAUACAUAUUUUACAACAAACUUAUACGCUCGCACGUAUGAGAACUACUUACUUAACCUCGAGAAGAUACAAUUCAUUCACGAAUCUGAUUACGGAACAGUUACUGAGUCUAUGUCUACUCCCUCCUUAAAUACAAUCACUUCGUCUAAUUCAGCAGCCUAUUUACAUCAAGCAAGACUUCCACGCACAGAUUUACCUAAAUUCAACGGUACGCCAUCAGAUUGGCUGUCAUUCAAGGAUCUGUUCUCUUCUUUAGUUUUGAGACAUCCCUCUUUAACAGCAGUCGAGAAGCUGCAAUACUUAAAGACAAGCCUGAUUGGCAAUGCAGCACAAUUGCUCAAGAAUACUACACUUACAGCAGAUAACUUUGAACGAGCAUGGUCAGAACUGGAAUCUUAUUACGACAACAACCGAAUAUUGGUAAAUGCGGCUCUUCAAUCGUUACUGGAUCUCAAAAAGAUCUCCAAUGAAUCAGCACGUGAUUUAGAGCAAUUAUAUGCAAACGUCAAACAAAUAUAUAGAUCCUUAGAAGCUUUAAAGAGGCCAGUUACAGCGUGGGAUGAUUUUCUAGUAUUCAUCGUUUCACAAAAGCUAGAUACUGAGUCAGUAAAGGCCUGGGAGAAUCACAUAGGAGCUAAUAAGGAUCCGCCUUUAUGGCAUCAAUUUAUGGACUUCUUGAUAACGAGAUUGCGCUCUCUACGAGCAUUUGAGAAUUCGAGGUCAAGCAAGUCCAUGACACAACCUCGGGCUCAGACCAUAAAGGCACAUUAUCAAGGACAACCAGCAACUACCAAGUCCGGUAAUACAUUUUCUUAUGGCAUCUGUAAAGGGAACCAUACUACAACAACAUGUCCUCAGUAUGUUUCCAAAACACAACAGAAGCUUACUUUGAUCCGAAAACAUGGAUUGUGUUUUAAUUGUUUGAAACAACAUAAAAUUGCAAACUGCACUUCUACUAGAAGAUGUGUCAACUGUGGCAAAAAGCAUCAUACAUCGAUUCAUCAAGAAACAUCUAAAGCUGAUAAAUUGGAAGUCGACAAGAAUCCAGUCUCACAAACUACAGCUGAGAAACGAGCUACACAUUCAGAACCUCAUGUUUUGCAUUCAAAUAUAGCACAAAGAUCCUCCGAUCGUUUAACACUUCUGGCAACUGCUAAAGUCAUGAUAGUUAGACCAAACGGAGAUUCGUCAUUUACAAGAGCUCUAUUAGAUCAAGGUUCUGAAGUAUCGUUAAUUAUAGAAAGGUUGUCGCAACGACUUAGACUACCUCGUCAAAGGUCUUCGAUUCCUCUGGUGGGGAUUGGAGAACAACAAUCCAAUAAGACUAGAGGAAUAGUUCACUUUAAGUUGAAACCACAUUUUAACUCAACCUUCGAGUGUGUUAUAUCCGCUCAUGUAUUACCAACCAUUACCUCAUCAAUACCAACGACAGAGAUAUCAAACGAAACAUGGACUCAUCUUCAAAGGUUACAGCUAGCAGAUCCUCAGUAUUCAGUCCCUGGCUCAAUCGACAUUUUGUUAGGAGCUGACACUUAUAGUCAUCUGUUGACUGAAGGCAUUAUAAAGGAUAAGAUUAAUCUACCUGUAGCUCAAUCAACAUCUCUCGGUUGGAUCAUAUCUGGUCCAACCGGACAAACGACUCCUCGACAGUCACUACAAAGUUAUCACGUCAUCAAUCAUGAAGAGUUAUCUAACCUCAUGCAACGUUUCUGGGAGUUAGAAUCGAUUCCUACGAUUCAAACCUCAUCUUUAACACCUGAAGAGCAGGAUUGUGAGGAACAAUUCAAAACUACUCAUACACGAGACACUGAUGGUAGAUACGUCGUCAAAUUGCCUUUCAAGGAUGAUGUUAGUAAACUGGGAGACUCAAAAGGAAAGGCCAUACGUUUCUGUCAAAGACUUAUACAUCGUUGUUCCUCUGAUAAAACUUACGCUCAACUUUAUCAUGAGUUUCUAUCAGAAUAUAGACGAUUAGACCACAUGAGAUUAGUGCCGGAGUGUUUACCAGAACCUCCAGAGACUUUCUACCUCCCUCAUCAUGGAGUCUGGAAAGCAAACAGCUCAACGACUAAGUUAAGAGUCGUUUUCAAUGGCUCAAAUCCUUCUGCAUCAGGUACUUCUCUGAAUGAACUUUUACAUUCUGGUCCCAAGCUGCAAACAGAUACGAUUAAUGUACUCUUACACUUUCGGCAAUUCCAAUUUACAUUUACGGCAGAUAUAGAGAAAAUGUUUCGACAAAUUAAAGUUCACCCCAGUGACUGGAGGUUUCAACGUAUUAUUUGGAAGGAUCAAGGUAAUCAGUUUAUGACGUAUGAACUCACAACGGUUACCUAUGGUUUGGUGUGUGCUCCUUUCUUAGCUCUCAGAGUUCUACAACAACUUAUUUCCGAUGAAAGACAGCACUUUCCAGAAGCGGUUUUGACCAUGAUCAAGGGGAGAUAUGUUGACGAUGUGCUUGGAGGAGCGGACUCUAUAACAGAAGCUAUAUCCAUUGUGAACCAGCUAAACAAGCUCUGCAUGGCGGGCGGUUUCCCGCUUAAAAAGUGAAUCAGCGCUGAGCCUACGAUACUAGAUUCUAUUCCUUUGAAAGACCGUGCAGACUUUACUAAUUUACGAAUUAAUCAUGAUCUUGUCAUCAACUCUCUUGGUUUGCAAUGGCAUCCAUCAAGUGAUACUUUCGGGUUUUUCUUUGAUUCUCCUUCAACGGAUCGCGUCACUAAAAGAAGAGUUCUUUCUACCAUCGCCAAGAUAUUCGACCCACUAGGGUUUUUAUCUCCUGUUAUCAUAAAAGCCAAAAUUCUAAUUCAACGGUUGUGGACCUUAAAACUAGAAUGGGAUCAGCCGCUACCAGAUCACAUAUUAGAAGAAUGGAUUAACUUUAUAGAGGAUUGCCGUCAACUUUCUAAUCUCACGAUACCCAGUGCUCGGGAUGAGUACCUCGCUCCCAUGGGAACUUUAUGGU